GUGUGGAGAGAGAGAGUGAGCCGAAGACUCAGUCCCAACAGCUUCACUCCUCCUCUGCCAGCGCACAUCUGCUGCUGAGGAGAUGGGACACUGAUCCAGAGAGGAGCAUUAAUGCCUUGGAGAUUGCUCUGUGCAGCAUGGCUGACUGCACCGGUGUGCUGUGAGAGGAGAAGUGGACCAACAUCUCCAGCUGGAGACUAUUUAUGUUUACCCUCUCUUUGCUUGAGCUGGUGCUUUCUCUGAAACCUGGGGUGAUGUCCCACUGCUGGUGCAGGCAGGUCCUGCUCGGUGUGGAACUGGGCAUGCUGGUGGCAGUCCUGGUGGCCGGCAGUGCAGGACAGAUGCAUGACAGGAGGGAGGCAGGGUCGUCCUGCUACGGAGGAUUUGACCUCUACUUUGUUUUGGACAAGUCAGGCAGUGUGCAACAUUACUGGAAUGAGAUAUAUUACUUUGUUGACCACCUGGCUCAUAAGUUUAUCAGUCCUCAGCUACGGAUGUCCUUUAUUGUGUUUUCAACAGAGGGGAGGAUUCUCAUGGCACUAACAGAAGACAGAGACCAGAUUCGGGCCGGACUGGAAGAGCUGCGCAUGGUGCAGCCAGGUGGAGACACCUACAUGCACAGAGGUUUUCAAAGAGCCAGCGAGCAAAUAUACUAUGGGACUGGCGAUGGUUACCGGACAGCCAGUGUUAUCAUCGCUCUGACGGACGGUGAACUGAGAGAAAAUCAGUUUGACCUGGCACAAAGAGAGGCUAGCAGAGCGCGCCAGUUAGGUGCCACUGUCUACUGUGUGGGAGUGAAAGACUUCAAUGAAACCCAGCUUUCAACAAUAGCUGACAGUAAGGACCACGUCUUCCCUGUGAAUGAUGGAUUUGAGGCGCUACAAGGGGUCAUUGACUCGAUUCUGAAGCGAUCCUGCAUCGAGAUCCUGGCUGUGGAGCCGUCCAGCAUCUGUGAAGGAGAAUCUUUCCAGGUGGUCAUUAAAGGAAACGGUUUCCUUCACGCCCGAGACGUACAGAAAGUUCUCUGCAGUUUUCGCAUCAACGACACAGUCACUUUAAUGAAAAGACCUUUGGUGGUGAGAGAUACGUACCUUUUGUGCCCAGCUCCUGUUCUGGAAAAAGUGGGAACGUCUGCCACGCUCCACGUCAGCAUGAAUAACGGCCUGAGCUUCAUAUCAAGUUCCGUCACAAUCACUGCAGUCACUUGUUCUGAUGGGACGUUUGUGGCCAUCGCUCUGCUCAUCCUGCUGCUCCUGCUCACCAUCCUCCUGCUCUGGUGGUUCUGGCCUCUGUGCUGCACUGUGGUAAUUCAUGAGCCUCCGCCUCCAGUAAUAGAGGACGUGUCUGAUGAUGAGGACGGUUUUCCGAAGAAAAGGUGGCCCACAGUGGAUGCCUCGUAUUACGGAGGACGUGGAGUCGGAGGCAUCAAGAGAAUGGAGGUCCGAUGGGGAGAUAAAGGCUCGACUGAAGAGGGAGCGAAACUGGAAAAAGCUAAAAACGCUCGAGUUGUAAUGCCUCCAGAAGAGUUUGAGCCACCACGACCUUACUACAAUGGACACAAAUCUAUCCCCUCUCAGAAGUGGUACUCUCCCAUCAAGGGCAAACUGGAUGCGCUGUGUGUAUUCCUGAGAAAAGGCUAUGACAGAGUGUCUGUGAUGCGACCUCAUCCUGGAGACAAGGGCAAGUGCAUAAACUUCACCCGAAGCAAAUCCUACCCUCCUCCUCGCUACCCAAUCUACAACCAUCCCUCCACGCCUGUCUACUCUUUGCCCCACAGUUUCCGCCAUCACCCUUCAGAGGGCGACCACAUCUUCAAUUUGCCCCCUUCGCCAACUUCAACGCUCCCCCCUUUGCCGUCCACUCCUCCCCCGUCCUCAACCACCCCUCCCAUGUACACACCACCUCCCAACAGAGCACUGCCCCCUUCCAACAUGAGCUCACUCUCUGCACCUCCGUCUCCAAAUGGCUCCCUACCACCUCCACCUCAGAGUCCACCUCCAUGCAGAGCACCUCCUCCAUCACGCCCUCCUCCACGUCCCAAUCAUGAGAACCACUGGUGAUUAAAAAACAAAAAGAUGAGGAGAGGGAUCCAAGCUCAGGAUGGAAACCUGAAAGGAACUUCUCACUGCGCCUCUAUCCAAACAGAGAGACAGUAUAAUGUUGCCGUAUGAGGCUGCAGCUGGUGAUUCAACUCCUGCACCGUCUGUUUUCCUCAACAAGGGGCUCACGCAUGAUGUGCCAUGAACUAUGACUUUUUUUAAGUCUAGAAAAUGAAUAUUUAGUGUAGCAAGCACAGCUUUGGUUAUUAAAUGCUAUUGGAGCUCAGCAGCAAAGUAUUCAUGUUUAAAAUAUUUCAACCAGACACAUUGCUCAGGCAUUGUGAUGUGCUAUGGAGUGGCAUAAAUUUGCAUUUUCACCUUUGCCUGAUGCAAAUCUUUUUAUGUAAAACAAAUCUUUUACUGUUUUGCACAAGCAGCAGAAAAUCCAGUGGCUCAGUAACUGCGUCAUGUGUUUUAUACAUGCAAGUCUGUUUGGCAAGCGUUGUUUUGUAAAAUGUAUAUUGUGUGAAUGAAUAUUCAUUAAAUUACAGAAAUAUACAGUUCACAUUA